AACCACACUGAGGUCUGUCACAUAAACCUCUUAGUAACCCAGCGACGCACACGUACAGGUUCAACUUCGGCAGUUUUGCUAUGGUGAAAAAAAGGAUGGCGUCUCGGGGAAGUUUGUUUGUCGGUGUGGUUGCUCUAUUCGUGGCGCUAAUAAUGGGAGCAGUGAUAUCAUCAAAGGUCAUUCCACGUUCGAACAGGACUAUACGCCCUUCACCAUUUUUGCGGCCUGGAAUCAACGUAUUCGUGUCAAACGACCACACAAUUAUCCCAAGGCACGGAAGGAUCGUCAGUACUGGCCUGAACGAUGUUCCACGAAAGCGAAAACGUUUCAUCGAGAUGACGAAUAUGAACUUGCAAAUGAGUGCAAGUGAGAAACAGCUGCAAGUCGCUCCCCGUCAGUUCGGCAAGAAAAAGAAAGGAAAAUGCUGUGUGUUGCAUAAAGCAGAAAGCAGCAUUGCUGACUGCUCAAAUCAGAGACGAAGGGACGUUCCAUUACAUUUGCCUGCGAAUAUCACUUUAUUAAACAUGUCUCGAAACAUCUUAUCCGUUUUACCCACUGAAGCUUUCAGAAGGUAUCCAAACCUAACCAUCCUUGACCUGAGUAAAAAUGUUAUAUCCGAAAUUGCUGGCGGGUCUUUUCUAGGCCUUUCACAUUUAAAGUUAUUAGACCUGGCCAGAAACAGACUUAACUUUAACAACUGUUCUCGCCUGUGUUGUAACAGCCCUUUCGCUCAUCUGAGUGGUCUAUCCACUUUAAAUGUGUCGGUGAACCUUUAUCAUCUCCUUCCAUCUAGCUUAGACGAAUGCAUGAGGGGUUUGAAUCAUUUAGAGUAUCUAAGUAUAACCUUUACUAGCGAAGGGCGAUUCGGUCCUGGUUUUCGCAACAUGACUAGCCUUAAAAUACUCGACUUGUCACUAUCUUAUAAGCUGACAUUUGUUAAAAAUGACUUCUUCCGCAACUUACAGACUCUAAAGUUGAAAAAUCUGAGUUUAGCAAGAUGUAAUUUGUCUUUCAUUGACCCAGAUGCCUUAGGAACUUUGCCCUAUUUAGAAGUCCUUGAUUUAAGUAACAAUGAAUACUUAGGACUAAAUAAUGCUAGUUACGCACUUAAGAGUCUUCGAAAUUCCUCGCUAAAAGUAUUAAGUAUUAGUCGAUUAGUAGAUCCUACAAAACGGGACACCAUAAUUGUUACACCAAGCAUUUUUAAGAAUAUAGCACAUACUAACUUGACGGAGCUAAACAUGGAUUACAAUAGCAUUGCUAAAAUUGAGCCGACUGCUCUUGAAACACUCCCUCAGAGCUUGAAAAUUUUGUCUGUAAGAAAAAACAAACUUGCUGACCAAUAUAACUUCCUUAGGCCGUUGCUGCGUUUGGUGAAUUUAGAAUACUUAAACGCCGAAGAUCAAAAAGCCUAUACACCCCCAAAAAGGCUGGAUCUGGGCUUAGUGACUAGUGACGACGGGGAGAGUGCAGUGAACAAAGUCAAAAACAUAACAAUUCCCGUCCCACCCAAGCUAACAUUUUUGAAAUUUACAAACGGAAAUCCUUUCAGAUUUGGAGGAAAACAUGUCACCUUUGUAAACAGUACCAUACGAAAGCUGUAUCUUAAUGGCAAUCAGCUGCGCAAAUUUUUUGUCUGGAUAAAAGGACUGGACACUGUUGAAAUAAUGGACCUCAGUUACAAUCAACUGAUGAUUAGACCUGGGUUUUUCGAUGGAUUCACAAGCCUUAGAUAUUUAUACCUUUUUGACAACAAACUAAACAGUACUUUGGCCGGUAGGAAUGCGGGAGAAAUUUUCAAGAAAAAUUACAACCUUAUAAGCCUCAGAUUGGGCAAGAACGACAUAUUAAAGUUAUGGUACAAAGUUUUUCAGAACAACUCCAUGUUAGAGAACUUGUCGCUCGAUGGCAAUAAACUAACCAGAUUAGGCAGCCGAAUAGGACACCUUAAAAGGCUAGUUUCGCUAGACCUCAGUAAGAAUGCAUUUGCUUAUCUCGAUACCUCUGAAAUAAAUGACCUUGAAAUGAUUGCCAGGAAUAGACCAAUUAAAGUAAAUCUGGCACAAAAUCCAUUAGUGUGCUCCUGUGAAAGCCUACCAUUUCUAAAGUGGGCUUCAUCCCUUCAGGAAAACAUAACGCUAGAUAAAUUUAACAGCAUGUCAUGUUUGGCUCCAAAUGGAACUGUGCAAUUUCACUUAAGUGACCUGAAGAAUAUUGUUCGAGAGCUGGACGUUCGUUGUGCCUCGUAUGUUGGGCUAAUGAUAUCAUUGUCGCUGGCCCUUCUCACAACGGUAUUGGUGGUUAGCGGAGGUCUCAUGUAUCGAUUCAGAUGGAGGUUGCGGUACAUCUACCAUAUACACGUCUUGAGAAAGUUUCUGAACAGCUCCCGCCCUCACGCACGCUACGGUUACCGUCCUAUUAACGGAUGCGAGCCCGAUAGCGUCCAUGACAUAUUCGUGGCUUACGCAGACGAGGAUAUGCAUUUCGUUACAGGUGACAUGCUGCAUGAACUUGAAACUAAGGAACAUCUGACUAUGUAUAUCCGUGACCGUGACUCGAUGCCUGGACUUGAAAUAGCCACUAAUAUUACACGAGCAGUACGCUACAGCUCUGUGACUCUUUUGUUGUUGUCAAGACCAUUUCUCCGAAAUCAUUGGUGCAACUAUGAGUUUCAGAUGGCCCUCGUAGAGAGCACAAAAAGACGAGAGCAGGUGUUACUGUAUUUGAUGUAUGAGGACAUCCCAAGUUCUGCCAUGCCUGACGACCUGCUUGCAGCGAUGAAAACUGGCAAACUCAUUGAAAAACCCAGCGAAGCCACUGAUGGCAGUUAUAAUGAUACAUUUUGGGCGAUGUUGGUUCAGGCUAUUCGAGAAAUAAUUAAAAAGCAAAACGAUGUACCGUCGCUAGCAAUAUGAAAAGCAAUACUUUCUAUACAAAUCAUUUGACAGUGUUCCGAUAACAAGGUUGAUUUCAGAUUAAGUAUCAAUAGACAGUACCAUGCAUGAGUUUCCUUGCGAAAAGGUUUAACAGUACCUAAUGUCGCCAAAGCUAUUAGCGACAGCACUACCGAACACUAAACGCCGACACCUGACCUCAUAACCAGAGCGAUUCCUGGAACUGUACUGAAGAAUACUGCUGUGUACUCUGUACAAGAAUGCUUGGAUCAGUUACUGACCAACGAUUUUUCGUCGGGAGGCAUCCAUGACCAGCUGCGAUAUGUGUCAAGUUCCUUCCCAGAAUGAUUCAUUAUGCCUUAGCCCAUGAUGUUCUGGUGACAUGACUUUUAGCUUUUCUUCCUUCUUCAAACAGCGUUUUCGUAAAUACUGAUAUAUCUGUCUAUAAAGUAGCCUAUCGUUGUAAUUUUCUUCUAGUGUACAUAUAUAUUAUACUCUAACAAAGUAAUAAACUAAUACAGAUGACUGAAGUACAAUAUAACAUUCAGUCUUGCCAUCCGUUAUGAUAUUUGUGCCUCAUUUAACUUUCAUUCAUGUUUAUUACAAUUUACCAAAAGAGUAUUAUUGUGUACACCGCGUAUAGCGGAAUAAAUUUUUAAAUCAGUUAACUUUGUAUACUCUUUGGAAAUAUGUCUUCUGCGGUGUCAUUUCAAAUUUGUGCUUUUUGUAUGUAUUUUUUGUUAUUAUUAUUUUCAAAAUAAAAGUGAACGAUUAGUAGUA